UCGGAAAAAUGAUACCACACCUCCACUUUCUUCAACAUUCCAAAAAUCAGAGAGAAAAAUUUCAAGAUAUCCCCUUCACUAGCCCAAGAAGAAGCUAGUUUUCUCUCUUCAAUCUUUCCCUCAAACCCAGGUUCUUCAUUAUAUAUAUAUUCAAUUUUUAUUUCUUCUCUCUCUGUAUAUACAAUAAAAAUACAUAACAAAGUUCCUAUUUUUGUAUUGCAAGUUUCAUUCAAUUUAUAGGCUGUGAUUUGUGUUUUCUUUGAUGGAUUUUGUUGUAUAUAGUAUAUAACUUAUGGGUUUGGUUCUUUUUUAGGUUCCUUAGCUGUUUAUAUUACUUAAUUGAGGGUUUUAGAUAUUUGGGAUUCUUGGGUUAUGCUUAGUUUUGUCUUGAAAGGGAAUAAUUAUGGUGUCUUCUUUUUAUUCUUUAAUUGUCAACUUGGGGUUUCUGUUAUUAAUUGUUAGUUAGUUAGGUUGGCUAGAGAGAUUGAUUUUAGAAAGUUGAGUUGUAAUUUUGUUAUAGUUUACAAGAAGUGAAAAGGGUUAGUGGUAUUAAGUUUUCUCGAGGUUCGAUUACUUGGUAACUAUGGCGGAUUCGAUUGCAGCAACAUCUCUCGUUGGGUAUAGACCUUUGUGCAGGGGAUUUUCUGUUAAGGAUGCUUCUUGCAAAAGGAGAUCUUCGGGUAACUGUCGUGUGCUGGGAUCAGAAUUUACAGGCAGAAAACUUGUUGCUUUAUCUCCUAGAUUGUUGGGAUGGAAAGUUGAUAGGUUAGUGGUCACAUCAAUUAAGGCUCUCGCAAUGGAGUUGACAAAAGAGACGUAUUCGUUUCGGGAGGAGGAGGAAAGAAUACCACGAACUUGGGGUUACCAGGCUGACACUGGUGUUGAUCGAAAACCAGGUUUGUGGCCCCCAGAAAAUAGAGCAGAUAACGCGUCAUUGAAUAACCCCUUGCUCCGACAAGAAAGGAUGGGCUGUGGCUGGUUAGGUGCCAUAUUUGAGUGGGAGGGUGUUAUAAUUGAGGAUAAUCCUGAUCUUGAGAAGCAAGCCUGGCUUGCUCUUUCUGAAGAAGAAGGGAAAUCUCCUCCUCCAGCUUUCCUCCUAAGACGUAUAGAAGGGAUGAAGAAUGAGCAAGCAAUGUCUGAAGUUCUCUGUUGGUCUAGAGACCCAGCAGAACUGAGAAGAAUGGCUACUAGGAAGGAAGAAAUAUACCAAGCUUUGCAAGGCGGGAUAUAUAGAUUACGAUCUGGCUCAAAAGAGUUUGUGAAUGUUUUGAUGCAUUACAAGAUACCGAUGGCAUUGAUAUCUACGCGUCCAAGGAAGACUCUUGAAUCUGCAAUUGGAAGCAUUGGGAUUGAAGGGUAUUUCAGUGCUAUUGUUGCAGCAGAAGAUGUUCAUAGAGGGAAACCUGACCCUGAGAUGUUUAUUUAUGCAGCACAACUUCUAAAGUUUAUUCCAGAGCGUUGUAUUGUGUUUGGGAACUCUAAUCAGACUGUGGAGGCUGCUCAUGAUGUUCGGAUGAAGUGUGUAGCUGUUGCUAGCAAGCAUCCUGUGUAUGAACUCAGUGCUGCAGACUUAGUGGUAAGGCACCUAGAUGAGCUUUCAGUUGUUGAUCUGAAGAACCUUGCUGAUAUUGAAUCACCAGAAUUUGGGUCUCUUGAGCCAGAGAUGGAGCUGGAGGAGGAAGAGAAUCGAUCUACAGCAGUUGGAGUUGAUGAUAUUUUCUGGUGACUCCUGUGAAUUGUACAGUAAAUUCUUGGAACAAUAGUCUUAUAUUAUCGCAUAUAACAACACUGCAAAUUGUUAGACCCCUUGUGUAUAAGGGGAAACAAGGUUAAGGUGAAGAAAGAGGAUAAACAGAAAGAUUGAGAAAAAAAAAAAAAAAAGGAAAAUAUAGAAGGUAGUCUGCAUUGGACGACCUUAAUAUUAUCAUGUAUGUAUUAUCUGUACCAUAUAUAUAAAAUUGUCUUUCAGUAA